AUGAAUCUGUUAUUUUGCUUAUUUUUUUAUGUCCUUUUUGUCCAAUCCCUAAUUAAGGAAUUUCAGGCUAUCCAUGACUUUUUAUUAAUUGAAAUUUUCAGUGAUGAAUGGCCUGAUAUGAAAAUAGAAGUCGCAGAAAACUAGCUUAUCAUGGGUGAAAUUGCAUAGGAAAGUACUCAAUAUUUAUCCAUGUAUUACAAACUCAAAAUUGGAGUAUAAUAUAAAUUAGAUAUUUUUGUCUUGCCUGAUAGUAAUGUUACUAUUCAAGAGGUCCCUUAGAGAAAUUGUCCAAAUAACUGUUCCAAUCAGGGAAUCUGUUAAAACUUGCAAUGCCACUGUCAAUCUAUGGCAGCAGGGUAUAAAAUGCUGAUAUAUAAAUGUAGAGAUAGAUGCCAAUUUGAAGUUGCUUAACUCUACAAUAUGACUCAAUAUUCUGCAAACCUAAAGCCUCAUUAAACAUAGAUUAUUGGAGUCUUUUAUUAGCAGUCUCAAAUGAUAGAUGACUAAAAUUAGACAAGAAAUUUCCAAAUUUAGUCAUCUUCCUCUAUAAAUUCGUAGAUUUUUCUACUUUACCCUUUUUAAAGUGCUUAUUCAAAUAUGGUUGACAGCAAAUUGAUUUAUGAGGGAUAGUUGAAAUCAACUCCUUAGGAAAUCGAUUAUUCUAGUAAGUUCUAAAGGUACCAUAUUGAAGCCAGUUACUUCACUUUUCUCUUAGUAUUAAAAAACAUGAAUUCUCAGAAAUAAGAUGUCGUUCUUAAAUAUCAACUAUUGGAUAAUGAUUAAAAAUUCCAAGAUUUUAUAUUAGUGGCAAUUCUGAGUGUAAUUUCAUUCAUCAUAUUGCUGAUUAUAAUUUAUGUGGUUAGAAGAAGGUGUUAAUUUUAAUAAUAGAGUAAAAUCAAAGAAAAUCAAGAGGAGGAUUUUUCAGAUAAUAUCGCAAUCUAAUUCAUGCCUAUAGUAAAUCCAGUCAAAGAUUAAGUCUGUGUAAUUUGUUUAGAUCCAUUAGAUGACAGGUUGUGUAGAUAAACUCCAUGCAAACAUAUCAUGCAUGAUAACUGUUUAAAAUAAUGGAUUUAAAAAUAAUUGAGUUGUCCCAUGUGUAGAGAAACAUUUAACGAUGUAGAAUACAUACCCAGAGUCUUUAAGUCAAGAAAUCAGACUUCCAAUACAUUAAUUCUCAGUCACCAAGGCCAAUCUAUUGUAUAAAGUGAACGUAAUUCUGUUCGUUCUAUGAUCAUCACUCGCACAAGAUAAAGUAGAUUGGCUGUUUUUUAAUGA